AUGGCGAGCCACAACGAUCCCAAACUGCUCUAUGCGAUCAAGGGCAUCAAGGCAUACCACAUUCAAGAUGGCCAGGAGCAGGACCUGACACCUUCGGGACCACAGACAUUAUCCUUGUUGAUGGUCCCAACGAGCUCCCACUUCGCUCCCACGACCAUGGGCGCCAACGAGGUUCCUGACGAAGACUUCUACCUGCAUUUGAACCUCCCACCGGAGCUCGAUCUGCCUCUUCCAGCAACGACACAGGUGUACCACCAACCACCACACAGCUAUCUUAUACCUAGAUGGGAUCUGGGAACGGGUGCUGGCGCAUUCACACGAAUCGAGUUCCCACCCCUCGGCUACGGCGUUACGCAGGACGAUGUCGACACCUUCGAGACCAUUCUCGCACAGUGCACUGCCUUCCUCGAACGAGCCAGACCUCCAAUGCCAACCCGACCAAGCUUUAAUGAGAAGGGAGGAUACAAUCCAACAGAUUAUGCCCCCGGUGGCCGGUACGCUGUGGAUGACAAAACGGGCAGGAAGCAUGGCGAGAUCGUGCUGAUUGACGAGGACAACGGCUCAGUGGUUGGCGAGCUGGGAGAAGGCGCUCAAGUCAUCGAAGACUCCAAGCUCAAGCCAGGUUCCAAAGAUCCCGUUGAGGUCCAGGUCAGUGCAGAUGGCAAGACGAUUGAAGUGCGCCCAGUCUCGGAAGAAUACCUGCGCAUGGCCAGACAUCCUGCCUACAAAUCGAGUAGCAUUGUCCAGAACGCCGCGACCGCAUCGCGCUUGAUCGUUACGGGAAGCUCAUACGUCGGCAACAUGCUAGCCAGCGGCGCAGACAACUUCACGCAGAAGACCAAGCCGAUCGCGAAGCCGAUGGAAUUCAAGCCAGCCACACACGAGCGAGUGCGCAAGAUCAACACAUUCACGCAGAAGACUGCAAGUGUCUCGAACAAGACCGUCGGCUCGAUAACGAACACUGUUCAGAACAUUGCAGCGAAGGCAUCAGGGCAUAAGGGCGACAGGCCUCACAAGGGCUACGAUGAGAAGGGCAGACCUCUGAGUAAGGACGAUUACAAGCCCGGCUUCCUCAAUAAGAGCAUGAUCGCCUUCUCGACAGUCAUGGACGGCAUCGCCACAGGGGGCAAGACUCUUCUCGAGACCGGCGGUGCAGCAGCAAGUACAGUUGUCGGCCACCGCUACGGCCAAGAAGCUGGGUCGAUUACAGCUGGUCUUGCUGGUGGAGUGAAGAAUGUAGGUCUCGUCUACAUUGACGUGACUGGUGUGUCGCGGCGAGCAGUCAUCAAGUCUGUGGCCAAGGGUAUGGUCGUUGGCAAGGUACGAGGCGGAGGUGAGAUCGUGGUCGGAGGAGGUGACGGCGGCGAGAUAUCCACUGAGGAGCUCAAGAAGAUGGAAGCGCAGCAAAGUAGUAGUGUUGCUGCCGACCACGGAGGCUUCCAGCCGCAGGGUGGCGCGUACGAUCCUGUUGGCUUUGGCUCUUCUGCGCCGCCGACGUACCAAGAGUUUGGACAGCCAGGUGCAUCGGAGAAGCGAUAG